AUGGUUGUCAUCAAUGUACUGCCGGAAAUCUCUAUGUUCGAUGCUGAUCUCGAUGAAUUUAGUAUCACAGGUUUAGAGCCGCAUAAGGAUUAUUUCAUUACGCUACGAACUACGCACAAAAACACCUUUCGGUCCUACGCCCGGUUCCGGUCUGAUGAAAAUGGCGAAAUUAUUGUGGCAAAUUCAAUGGCGGUUCAUGGGCAUUAUUCAGGUUACGAUAGAAUGGGAUUAUUCUCAAGUUUAUACCAAGAAGGCACUGCAAGAUUUGCCACAAAAAUGUCAUUAAAUCCAUUGCCGGAAAAAUUAGAGUACAAGAUUCAAGUCCACGAGGCGAAUGUGUACGCUCCCGGAAAGGUCAUCACGGAAAAGUCAAUAUACCGUAUUUUACUCUCACCAAAUGUCGAGAGGAUUGUAGUGGACUCGGCGAUUGAUGGCGUUAUUUUUAAACCAAAAGGAAAUGGCCCUUUCCCAGCAAUAAUCGACAUUUACGGUAUGCUGGGUGCAUUUGAGCAAAGAGCAGCUUUACUAGCUGAAAAGGGCUUUGCCGUCCUUGCCCUUACUGUAUUUGGGGGGAAACGGACGCCAAAGACGUGGCAACAAAAUGAGAGCACAUAUUUUUUGAAAGCAAUCGACUGGAUACUAGCCCAACCCUACGCUAGCAAGACGGUCGGAGUGAUCGGAAUUUCGGCCGGAGGGGGAGCUUGCUGUUACAUGGCGUCAAAGCAUCCAAAGGUCUCCGCUGUCAUCCUGCUGAACUCUCGCGGCUACCCGACGGUGCAUUCUGUUUUUAAGGAAAAUGGGAAGCUUUUGCCACUCGCGGACACCCCGCUGCGGCGUUUGAUCGACACCGACUGUCGACAGGGUGCCAUGAACUACGCAAAAACCGACGAUGGCCUGGAUGUGCGCGACGAGAUUUUUUACAAGAUUGAGGAUUCAAAUGCCAAAUUUUUGCUCGUGGCUGGCGGGCAGGACGGGUCGCAAAAUUCGGCUUUGAAUGCUAAAUUAAUUAUAGAAAGGAUGUCUAGACUCGGAAAAGCCGAGAAUUUUGAAAUGCUUGUGCUUCCCAAUACCGGCCAUAACAUCGAACCUCCAUAUGUUCCGGUCCAGGAUAUUGGAUACGCCAAGAAUCUAGACUUAAUAAUGGAUUUCGGCGGACAUACCUAUCUGCAAAAUGUGGAUCAACGAAAGUUAUGGCCCAAGAUGAUUGAAUUUUUGAAGAAAAAUGUGCCCGUGGAAAAGGCCAAGUUG